CCAGUGUAUUUUUUGAACUAUAGAAAAUAAAGGACUAAAUGGUUAAUAAAAAUUAGUAGUUGAUGCGUCAUAAUAUGCAUUCUCGUAAAACCAAAAAUUUCUUUAAUUAAAAGUGAUACAACAAAAAUGCAACAAUAUAAUGAAAAUACAUAAAAGUUCAGUUUUCUACUGUAAUUCAAUUAUUCUGAAAUACACCUUCAAAUCAUAAUUAUUAACUUUGUAAUUCAAGGAUAUGUUUUACAAUGUUUCCAAUAAAGUUAAAACUAUUGUUACUUUACAUGAUUCAUUAUGCGAACACUUCUGGGACGAGAAGAAUAAAAGACGGUGUGCCAGUAGAGACACCCAAAAAAUAUGUGGUAUAUUUAGUUAAAGCACCGCUAUCACAGGUUCCAUAUGACAGUUGGUUGUGUGGUGGUGCGAUUGUAAGCAGUGAAUUUGUUAUAACGUCGGCGGCUUGUGUCAACGAUGUAGACUAUAUGUACGUUAUUUCGGGAUACAAUAAGUAUAUCCCCAAUGAUGAACUCGAAUUGGACAAGUGCACUGCGUCGAAGAAAAAAAGGGUUAUAUACACCUGUGUACCAAAAGGAUACCAACUAAAGUAUGGAGAGCUAGAUUACUGGUCAUUAAUAGAUAUAGCCUUAGUCAGAGUAGAAACUCCUUUUGAUUUCAACGAUGCUACGUAUGAAGAACUAUGCUCUUACAAACCAACCCCCAUUGCAAUCAAUUAUGAAGAGAAGUAUCAGGAGCCUGGCACUGAUGCUCUUGUGCUCGGAUGGGGACAUAUAGAUAAAUAUCGAAAGACUAGAGAUGGAGAGAAUCACAAUCAAGAGCUGCUCAUGUAUGCUCCAACGUUGUUGCUCAAUAAGACGACUUGCUUAGAACAUUAUGAGGACUACACAAAUAUGAGUUACGUUAUCGAAACGUAUAUGAUAUGCACGCUAGGCAAAGGCAAUAUUGAUGAUGGUGGCAAUACUAUUGUAACCAGUUUACCAAUAGAAAAUGGGUGUACUAAGGAGCAGUCGAAAAUAUUAGGAUUUGAAGGAGUGUCUUGUGAAGAAGAAGAACUAGACGAAAACAGUGGUGAAUCAAGAAGGCGAGUAGAAGAAAAAGAUCCUUUAAAUCAAACGUACUACGAUAAUAUGGAAGCUGGGUUUAACCAGACUUUUGAUUGGACCUGGUUAGGGAAUGGAAGGAGAAGUGGUAUUUGCCAGAAUGACCAUGGAGGGCCGCUGAUCACGUGGUCAGGAGCUCGAGAGAUCCUAAUAGGUGUGGCAUCAGUAUUCAAAGUAUCAGAGCAUUAUGACUGUAUGGGCCCCUACUUAUUUACGAGCACUCUUUGCACUGGACUGUUCUUGGAUUGUAUAUUAACUUCCGAAAUAGCAACUAGCCAAAAUGAUCCUAAGAAUACCGGGCGAAGAGAUUUAUGUGACAGACCGUCAUAUGAGAAAGGAUAUGAGACCGUGGAAAGGUUUAUACGAUGGAAGGAUCAUCAUCCACCUGUCCAAACUGCUUAUAAUGGCAGACUUAUCAGAUCGAGGGUGGAUGCAAAAUCUGAUCCAAACGACAACCGUACCAGUUUUGUGUCAAGCGAGAAUAAUCAAGAAACAGGAGCUGGAAAACAUCCUAUGAACAAAAUGUAUUUUAAUAUUAACAAUCCGUUGCGAGCAAGCGCACCAAAAAUAGACAAUCCUGUAGAAGAAAAUAAUAAAAAGCAAGAUAGUGAAAAAGCCGUUGUUAAUGAUGAAUCAGACCUUAAUGAACGAUAUCUAGCAGCACCAGCGAUUCCAGAAGCUGCUGUAUUGCCACAAAAUGCACCUGCGUUAAAUAAUGUUGGAAAUGUUACUUUGAAUGGACAAGUGACGUUUCCUGCUAAUGAACCAGGCAAUUUAAGAUUGCCGCCAAAUACACAGGGUCAUGUGCCACCUCUAAAUGAAGGAAUACUUUUAAACAACGGUAUGUCGGCUAAUAAUGCUGGUAGUAAUGGUGUUAUAAAUAACAAAAUGCCCGGAAGUAAUGGAGUGUCAAUAAAUAAUGGAGUGCCUAUAAAUAACGGUAAGCCUAGUUUUAAUGGGAUGUCUGAAAAUAAUAGAGUGCCUGGAUAUAAUAGAAAUACUGGAAAUAUACCUACAAAUAAUGCAAUGUCUAGAAAUGAAGGAAUACCUAGAAAUAACGGAAUGCAAGUGAAUAAUGGUGUGUCUAGAAGUAAUGUAAUGUCUGGAAGUAACGGAAUGCAAAUUAAUAACGGUUUACCCGGAAAUAAUGGAAUAUCUGGAAGUAGUAGAAUGCAAAUAAAUAACGGAAUGCAUGUAAAUAACGGUAUGCCCGGAUAUAACAGAAUGCAAACAAAUAAUGGAAUUCCUGGAAAUAUUGCAAUAAAUGGAAACAACAGAAUGCCUGGAAAUAAUGGGAUGACUGGAAAUAACCGAAUUCCAAUGAAUAACGGAAUGCAAACGAAUAACGGGAUGCAAGCAAAUAAAAUGCCUAUUGGAAAUAUUAGAACAGAUAGAGUAUCAAGAAAUUAUCAGUUACAAGGAAAUAAUAGAUUACCAAGCAAUUACAAUUUGCCCAAUAGUAAUGGAGCACAAAGAAAUUUUCAAACCAAUGGUUACCAAGGCAACGUUGGCAUAAACACAUAUAACAAUAAUAAAUUUACUAGCAAAAACAAUUUACCACCAAAUUCUCAACCGCAAAGUAAUUACAAGUUCAUACUUGCUGACAGACGGACAAGAAAUAUUAAAGAACAUACGCCAAACCAAAGUAACUAA